AUGAAUUUUAAUAUGUUGAAUGAAAUUCGUCAUAUUCAAGUAUUUUCAGAGACUGUCAAAAAAAAUUUGUCUAAUCAAGUAAAGUAUAGUCAAGGACUUGGAUAUGCAAAGAAGGCUUUAAAUUUAGCUCUUGAAAAUAGCUGUGAAAACGAGUUGAAUAGGCUUUUACAACAUUGGAUCAAAGAUAAGAAAAAAGAAAUUUAUGUUAAUCAAGAGAAUGAAUCCAAUAAGGAAAACCUUUUGAAUAUUAGCAAUCCUUAUAAGACACGUACAAAGGGUGCUCCUAAAAAGAAGCGUAUAAAGAGUACAUUAGAAAAUAAACACUAUCAUAAUGAAAAUAUGCAUACAACCAUCAAAUCUCAUGCAAUAAUAAAGAUUACAGCUAAUGAUAAACAACCAAUGAAACAAAAAAACAUUACAAUUAACGAAUAUACAAAUAAUGAAUUAAAUAAUGAAUUAGAAAGUUCAACUACCAAACAUCUUAAUAAAAAUGUUUGUGUGCCAAUACGACACAUUAAUAAGGGUAAAGGCAAAAUGCAUACUACCACCACUGAGGAUUUACAACAGCAAGAUGUGAUUAGUAAAUCGGAAGAGGCUUUUGAUAAACAAAUGAAAGUGGCAAUCCAGCGUUCAAGACAACAAUACAAUAAGCCAGGUGAAUCUUCUCAGUAUAAUGAUAGUAUAGAGAUACAAAAGGAAAAAGGAAGUGGUGUAAAAUAUUCAUGUGGUUAUUGCAAAGCUGUUGAACAUAAUGCUCGUAGUUGUAGACUUAAGAAUAAGUCAAAUAAAUCAAACUAG